GGCAGGCCCGCCGGGAGCGAUUGCUCCAGUCUGGCCCAUCCGCAGAGCGGGAAAAUUUUCAAUCAGCCUGGCGGCCACAGCAAACCGCCACACUCUUCACAACCUUGACCAGCAUCCGCUUUUUCAGGCUUUUAUAUCUCGGACUCCCGGCACCACACGAGUGGAAGCGAAGAAGUUCAAGCCGCCGCCGCCGCCAUGUCUGAGGCUUAUUUCCGGGUAGAGUCGGGGGCGCUGGGGCCUGAGGAAAACUUUCUAUCCUUGGACGACAUCCUGAUGUCCCACGAGAAGCUCCCGGUGCGCACAGAGACCCCCAUGCCUCGCCUCGGCGCUUUCUUCCUGGAGCGGAGCGGAGGGCCGGAGACUGACCACGCGAUCCCUCAGGGCUCAAAGCUUGAACUCCCCUUGUGGCUGGCAAAGGGACUUUUUGACAACAAGCGGCGGAUCCUUUCCGUGGAACUCCCCAAGAUCUACCAACAAGGUUGGAGGACGGUGUUCAGUGCCGACGCCAAUGUGGUGGACCUCCACAAGCUGGGGCCACAUUUCUAUGGGUUUGGCUCCCAGCUCCUGCAUUUCGACAGUCCAGAGAAUGCAGACAUUUCCCAGUCUCUCCUGCAGACAUUCAUUGGACGUUUUCGCCGCAUCAUGGACUCCUCCCAGAAUGCUUACAAUGAAGACACUUCAGCACUGGUAGCCAGGCUGGAUGAGAUGGAGAGGGGCUUGUUUCAAACAGGACAGAAAGGACUGAAUGACUUCCAGUGUUGGGAGAAGGGGCAGGCUUCUCUGAUCACAGCCUCCAGCCUCGUUCAGAACUAUAAGAAGAGAAAACUGACUGACAUGGACGACUGAAGGCCAGAAGAACACAGAAGUGCUCCUGUUGGAGGGAACCACUCUGUGUGUCCUUGAUAGGAGCCUUGCUGACCUUCUAUAGGACCAGAACCGUGUCCCAUGUCAUGGCUUAUUUCCUGCAGCAGUCCGUGUGGGAAAGGAUGUGCUGUAGGAGGUCCUUGACCUAUGAGGCAUAUGAGAUUAUCCCAACCUGCUGACCCACAGCCCAGGCCUACUUAACCCAUGAACCCCCAGCUGGAGAGAAACCAAAGUCCCUUAUAAAGAAGGAUGGUUAAUACAUGCAUCGCAGUACAGUUGGAACUGGGAUCCCUUGUGCCUGGGAGUGUAAUAGCCUCCAAUUGUCCAGUUUCACUAGCUCCACAGGACAGGUACAAAUGGGCCAUCUUCGCCUGCUCACAGAUGUUCACGUGAGCGUAACUGCUCCAUCUUCCUCAUGGGUGCUCAGAGGACAGCAGUCAGCCCUAGGAUGUCAGCCUUACUUGUGUCCCCUGCCUGUGGGGAGUUACCCCAAGCCAAGAAUAAAGAAGAAAAAGGAACAGGCAGAUGAAUGGUGGGACUUUUACUGAAGGGGCUUUUACACAUUGCCUUCCUCCUCUGGAGCCAGGGCUUUGGGGUCUAGGUGCACAAAGCUCUGCAGGCAGCCUGGAGGGGAAAUGGUUAACCUGAGCCUGGCUUUUGUCUUGAGAUCUUCAGAGCCACCAGCACAGCAGUUCCUUCCCUCCCUAGAGCAGCUGUCAGGGAGUCAUUUGGAAUCGCAAAGUAAUUAUUAAAGGGCGUGUACCAGCUCUUCUUAUAUUGAAAACCAGACUUUAGGGUGGCUGGUUAGGAAGGGCCCCAUUUGAGAAGCUUCACGGGGCAAAUGUAAGUAGGUAGGAGACCUUGACGCUGUUUUCCCUCUUCAGUAAAUUCGGCAGCACCAUUACCUACAGGAUUCCUGACCAUGUACCGAGGAUCUGUUUCAGCAAGCACAGAGCUCUUCCCCGGAGAUCAAGGCGGAAACCUUGGCUUGAGUAAGAAGCUUUGUUCCCUGCAGGCCACCCCAUUUGAAGGAUAGUUGUCUCUACGCUGACUUCCCAUGAGUGACAACUAUCUUUGUCAUUAGAAAUUAUAGAGGGAUUUGGGGAUCCAAAUUGUGCAGAUGUCUCCCUGCAAACUUAGAAUGCCAGAAUGGCUUUUUAAAUGCAUGUUUUAAGAUGGAAACAGUGUUUUUAUAAUUUGAUUUUGUUGCUAAAUAAAUGAUCGGUUUUGCACAUGAA